GUUUUAAAUAUAAAUCAGUCAGUCACUAGUCGCACCGCAGUAAUGGUACUUACGCUUUUUUAAAAAUAAGAUUUUUAAGCCUAUUUGAAACGUUGAUCAAGCAUACUUGUAAUUAAGUGCGAUGUGUGCAUAAUUAAUCGAAGCAGUACCUACUAUCGUCUCGCUUGUAUAGGUACCACCUCAAUUAUACGCUCUGAUUGUUGCAGUUUUGUGCGCGUACUUUUACGGUUAAUAAGAGAAAAAAAUAGGUAUUGGAAUAAAUUACAGGGUGAAUAUGAAUAUUAAUUUUGAGAAUAAAAGGAUUUUAGUCACUGGAGCUGCAUCAGGAAUAGGAAAAGGCAUAGCAACUCGUCUUGUUCAAUGUGGAGGCACAGUCAUUGCGGUAGACAGAUCAGAGGAAAAUUUAGACAAACUCAAAGGAGAAUUUCCAACGGUAAUACCAGUGGCUGUUGAUUUGGGUUCCUGGAAUGAGGCUCAAGAAAAAAUAAAAGUUGUUCUACCGGUGGAUCUUUUAGUAAAUUGUGCUGGGUUGGAUAUAAUCCAGUCUGUUGGCGAUAUCACCGAAGACGCUUUUGAUAAAAUUUUUAACGUUAAUAUUAAAGGACUUGUAGCUGUUACACAAAUCGUUGUAAACGACUUAAUACAGAGAAAUACUCCAGGAUCAAUAGUAAAUAUAUCCUCACAAGCUUCCCUGAGUGGUUUACUCUACCAAAGUCUUUACUGUGCCUCAAAAGGGGCCGUAGAUGCGUUUACAAGAGCCCUAGCCAUGGAAGUAGGCCCUAAAAAGAUCAGAGUGAACUGUGUGAAUCCCACAAUUGUCAUGACUGAGUUGGCUAUCAAGGCUUGGAGUGAUCCUGUCAGAAAACAGGCAGUUUUAGACAGGAUUCCUUUGCAGAGAUUUGCUGAAAUUGACGAAGUAGUUGAUGUAGUCCUUUUCCUACUAAGUGAUAGAUCAAGCAUGGUCACGGGACAUUGUCUGGCAGUGGACGGUGGAUUUUUAGCUGCUUAAUUUAUUAUUGUUUCUUUAUUUCUUUAAAUAAAACUGUUUUACUGUA